AUGGAUAGUAAAAAAUUGAAAAACGACUCUGCUGGGGAUCGAACCCAGAAUCUCUGGUUUCGUAGACCAGCGCCUUAUCCAUUGGGCCACAGAGUCUUGAUGUUGUUUACAGAAGAAUUUCUAUAUAACUUAUCAGUAGACUUUCCGAACACCUCCUCUUCUUGGUUUGACAGGAGACUGAGUCUUGAAGAAUGUGAGAAACUGUUGCCUGAACCUAACCAACCGGGGUUCUAUGCUGGAACAGCUCAUCAUCCAAUUCAGGUAGAAUCUUCUUCAAUAAGUUAUGGAGAUUGUUCACAAAAUGAAGCUUCUGCGACAUUGUUCGAGGCACGAUAG